UCUGGGUAAAAUGUGCCCCGAAAAGAACUUGAAGAGCGCAUGCGUAUCCCAGCUCGCUCCUUUUGCCUCGUUGCACCCUUGAAAGCGACAUGGGUCACCAACAGCUCUACUGGAGCCACCCGCGAAAAUUCGGCCAGGGUUCUCGCUCUUGCCGCGUAUGCUCAAACCGGCACGGUCUGAUCCGGAAAUACGGCCUUAACAUGUGCCGGCAGUGUUUCCGUCAGUACGCGAAGGAUAUAGGCUUCAUUAAGUUGGACUAAGUGAUCUUCCUCGAAUGGAUUGCCCAAGACAGCCUCCCAAUGAAAGAACAUGCUAGUUCUUUGUACAUAAAAUAAAAUUCUAAAAACUU